GCGGCCCGGCCCGGCCCAGCUCUGCCCCUGGCCGGCCCGACCCCGGCCCCGGCCCCGGCCCGGCCCUUAUCUGAUCCAGCUCCUGGUUUAAGAGUCCUGUCUGGGCCACGCAGUAGCUCUUCUUCUCACUCCCACCCGUCUCGCCUGUCUGCCAGUCCAUCAGCCCUGUCGGUCCGCUGCCCACUGACGGGCUGCUCCACCCUGGACCCAAGAUGACCUCAGUGGCCAAGGUGUAUUAUAGCCAGACAACUCAGACCGAAAGCCGACCCUUGAUGGGCCCAGGGCUCCGUCGUCGCCGGGUGCUCACCAAAGAUGGCCGCAGCAAUGUGAGGAUGGAGCACAUCGCCGACAAGCGCUUCCUCUACCUCAAGGACCUGUGGACAACCUUCAUUGACAUGCAGUGGCGCUACAAGCUGCUGCUCUUCUCAGCUACCUUUGCCGGCACCUGGUUUCUGUUUGGCGUGGUGUGGUACCUGGUGGCCGUGGCUCACGGGGACCUGCUAGAGCCAGGGCCCCCAGCCAACCACACACCCUGCGUGGUACAGGUGCACACGCUCACCGGGGCCUUCCUCUUCUCCCUUGAGUCCCAGACCACCAUCGGCUACGGCUUCCGCUAUAUCAGUGAGGAAUGCCCGCUGGCCAUCGUGCUCCUCAUCGCCCAGCUGGUGCUCACCACCAUUCUGGAGAUCUUCAUCACAGGCACCUUCCUGGCUAAGAUUGCCCGGCCCAAGAAGCGGGCUGAGACCAUCCGCUUCAGUCAGCAUGCUGUGGUGGCGGCCCACAACGGCAAGCCCUGCCUGAUGAUCCGGGUGGCCAACAUGCGCAAAAGCCUGCUCAUCGGCUGCCAGGUAACAGGCAAGCUGCUGCAGACCCACCAGACCAAGGAGGGCGAGAACAUCCGCCUCAACCAGGUCAAUGUGGCCUUCCAGGUGGAUACAGCCUCUGAUAGCCCCUUUCUCAUCCUGCCCCUCACCUUCUACCACGUGGUUGAUGACACCAGCCCCCUGAAGGACCUGCCCCUGCGCAGCGGCGAGGGGGACUUUGAGCUGGUGCUCAUCCUGAGCGGGACAGUGGAGUCCACCAGUGCCACCUGCCAGGUGCGCACCUCCUACCUGCCCGAGGAGAUCCUCUGGGGCUAUGAGUUCACGCCUGCCAUUUCGCUGUCGGCCAGUGGCAAGUAUAUAGCUGACUUCAGCCUCUUUGACCAGGUGGUGAAAGUGGCCCCACCAAGUGGCCUCCGAGACAGCACUGUCCGCUAUGGGGACCCUGAAAAGCUCAAGUUGGAGGAGUCGUUGCGGGAGCAGGCUGAGAAGGAGGGCAGUGCCCUGAGCGUGCGCAUCAGUAAUGUCUGACGUGGUCCAUCCACCUCCUAACCCUCUGCUCGCUUGCCCUCUGGCACCCUGGGUGAGGGGACAGCACCCAGGUUUAUGGAGGAGCUCCCCCAGAAGCACCUUUCUCCACUCCCUCUUCCUUUACCCAGUGGCUAGGGGGCAGUCAGGGCCCACCAAAGUCCAUGUCUCCUCCCACAGCCUCUUGUACUUCCCCCACCUUUCAUCCCAGACAGACCCCUCCUUGAAGCUAGGGCUCAGGGAGGAGAGUGAAGGUUAGGUUGAAGCCAGGGCUCAGGGAGCAGACUGAAGGUUAGGUCAGGGUGGCUUAGGCUUCAGGUGUGCAUGGAGACCCACAGCAGGAAGAUCGUGUAGUUGGAUGGAAAAACUGUCCCUGCUCCCCAUGAAAGGUUUGGUGACUUGAGGCUGGAGCCCCUCCCUCCCUUCCUAAGUCCCACUAGCAGGUGCCCUUGGGUCAGACCCCCUUGGAUGAUAGGUUUGGGAUAUGUGCCCUCCAAAAUCAAGAAAGUGGAUUGUUUAUUUGGGGUGUUUACUGCCCCUGUCAGAAGCAGCCAGGGUCUCUCCUGGGGGUUCAGUCUGGCUAUUUGCCUUCGCCUACAGGCAAUGUAACUGGAGGCCAGGGCUCCACCUCUCCUGCUUCCUAGUUUCUCAAGUGGACUCUCUCUCAGCACACACCCAGUUAUCUGAGGCAUCUGCCCCCAGGGGGUUCAAGGUAGCCAAAAAAUAUAAGACAGUCACAGUUCCACACCCAAAUCCUCCUGGAGGCUGGUCUUCAGUGUGGAGCGGGCCGGCUAGGGCUGUGUCUUGAACUCAUUCUCCAGGCAGCCAGGGUCCUGUGAGCCUAGCAAGUAUGUUCUGAAAAGACGGUGGCCCAGGCCUCUGGGACAGGUCUGAAAGUGUGUCCAGCUUGUCCUCCUUUCCUGCCUAGCCCUGCCCACCCACAGCCCCAAGGCCCCAAGGGAGGGAGAGGAAAUGCAGAGCCUCCCCAAGACCAACUCUCAACUAAAACCAGACUCCCAGGGCACCCCUGGAAAACUUAUACCAGCCACCCACCCCCACCUCCAGCCCGAGCAGGAUGAGUGAAUUCUCAGGUUUCCAGACUGCUCUGAGCCGCUGGGAUUUGGGAACGCUUUGUUCAGGCUAGGGGCACAGACAGAACUCGGUGGUUGGCAGACACUAUUCUCCUGGCUGCCCUACCCAGUACCCUCUGAAGUGCCAGCUAUGUUGUUAAGCAAUGAUGGGAGAGGGAACCAGACCUCCUGAUUAGAUGACCACAGUGUCCCUCAGCCAUCAGUCUCAUCUCCUUUCCCAUGCCAUGGGGCCACUUUCAGGCAAGUUAAAAGGCAUAUUUCUUAAGAGCCAUCUUGGGUCAUUCCUGGUUCCCCAUGCUAGGGGCUGUGGUAAGGGUCAAGAAGGGGACAUGGGCAUCAGAACAUUCUCUACAGACCCAAAUCCCAACAGAGCUCCCUGGUCUCACUGAGGCACCAUGUGUCCCCAUCCCCCUCAAAGGUGGCUUGGCAUAGGGCCUCUGUAUGAAUAAAGUGGCUGUGAUUAGGGGACUCAGCCCCCGCUAGAAGCCCCACCCCAAAAGUAGAAUGUACACUCAGAGCCUCCCAGAAAAACCUGAAAAAACAGGAGACUUGACCCAAGGUCACCUUGACUGACGGCAGGCUUCUUCAGCUCAUCUCACACUAUAACAGAACCCCAGAAAGGAAAAGAAGGCAGAAUCAGCUCCCAGGCUCUCAAGUGUAGUCAACAUCAAACUUGUCUGGUUUCUUUCUACCUGGGGAGUUAAAGGUACUGCAGGGCUAUGUGCACACAUGAGUGUCUUAUCCACUUGCAAGCGUUUCUCUACCUUGUUCCUUUGUGCACACAGCCAUUUCCCAUCCUGAGGAAUUCUCCCUUCUUUCUUGAUGUUUAUUCUAAGUCCCUAAACACCUCAGAUUCUUAGAUAACAAAAUGAGAACAUUUACUGAUUCAGCAUUUAGCAUUCUCUCCCCACUCCCCUUUCAUGAUCCGAGACUGCUCUAAAUCACACUUUAAAUCAUACUAUUCUUUUAAUACAACCUGGCUUAUCCUCCCAUGAGCUCCCUGAGAACAAUGCACCCCAUACUUGAGCUAAAAGACUCUUUACACUACAGGCCCUUCUCUGAGCUGAACACCCACCCCCACCCCCCACCCUUUCAGGUGAUCAGAUGAGUGUCAGAAGCAGCCAGGACUAGUGAGCCAGGUCCCUGACCACACAGACCAAGAUAUUGACAGUCACUAGUUCACUGGGUAAGAUGAGACUUGGUGCUGAAGACUCAGGUGGCAUUAACGAAACCCCUGGGUCUCAUUUGGGUUGGCAGACAAGAGAAAGGCAAGGAUGGAGAAUUAGGAUAUGAGACAGAUUAAAGGUUUAUCUAAGGAGAAAGAAAACAGAGAUAAUAUAUAUAGAGAGAAAGAUAUAUAUAGAUAGAUAUGUGUAUAUAUAUAUAUAUAUAUAUAUAUAGAGAGAGAGAGAGAGAGAGAGAGAGAGAGAGAGAGAGAACCAAACCUAUUGAAUGUACAAGAAUUCCAAAUUUUGGCAAUGAGGAUGGAACUCCUGCUCUGGCUUAGGGGUAGGGCUCCCCAGAUUCUCAGUCACUACCAUUGAUGCUGGUUUUAACAUGGAAUUGAGAUGCCAGAGGAAUGAUUCUAGGUUUGAUGAUGGAAGGGGGAAGGGGCUGUGUUGCUGGAAUAAAGAGGUUCCAUGACACUUCUGCAAACAGCCCACCCAUGGAAAUCCAGAAGCAAUGUAUUCUUUGUACUCCUGCCCUUAGCAAUGUCCUGUCACUAUGUUACUUUUUUUUCCUUUAAAAUAAAAGCAUCUUUCUGCUUUC